CACCAGUUUUCGGCAGUCUCUAAAGUGAACUCGGAAAAGCAGGAAAACCUCUGCAAAAAUCAGAUUUCCUCCUGCUCUACCACACACACACACUGAAGAAUCUCACAAUUAACGAACGCGAAAAUUUUGAUUUAUCCUGUUCCGCAAGCGAGAAAAUUAGAGAAAAAAUUACAAAUAUCCUUGUACAACACGGACACAUACGUACACAGGACACGCAGGACUCGACACACGUACCUACGAGAGACGGAAUCAUGAAAUAGUGGAAAUCGAUAAUUUUAUUUGAUGGUGUUGUACAGCACUUCUGAGUUAAAAUGCAAAGGAAAAUUCCAAUUUUUGGCAUCAAGAAAACGCAAUUUUGACCAAAUAUGCAGCGAAAGGUGCUGACCAACGCAUGAAAAAGUGAAAAAAGUGCAUAUUGUGCAAUGUAAUAUCUGAAAAAGAGGAAAAAAGGUGUUUCGAAAAAAGAGAAAAAUUUCUAGUCGACAUACAGAAAAUUAGAAUCUAGUCAAAAAAUCAAAUAAAAAGCAAUAAAAAUAAAGAAAAUUAAGCUCAGAAUAGAAAAAGAAGAAAAGUAUUGAGUGAAAAAAAAAUCUGUUUGAGUAACAAAAAAAAAAUAGUUAGUAGUGCAUUUGAAAAUUGGGUCGAAUUCCUAAUUUUCCACUAGGAUUAUUUACCUAAAAAAAGAAGAAAAAAUUGAAAAAUGGCUCUCAAUUAAAAAAAAGAGAAAAUAAUUCAAUAAAGUGUCAUUUCACUCUCGCUAUCCCAAAGGAUUGUGCAAUCUCUACGAGUAAUUAAUAGGAUUUAUUAUUGAAUAACUUGCAAAAAUUAAGAAAAAAAUUAGUUGUGUGAAAAUCAAACCAAAAAACUAGUACCAAAUAAUGGCAACGACAACAGCUGAGGCCGAUUUACUCCAAGCGGGUCACAUUGUGAAAGAAAGAUGGAAGGUUAUCCGGAAAAUCGGUGGCGGCGGUUUCGGCGAAAUCUACGAAGGACAGGACUUGAUAACGCGCGAACAGGUGGCACUCAAAGUGGAGUCGGCGCGUCAACCGAAACAAGUGCUAAAGAUGGAAGUGGCUGUCCUGAAAAAGUUGCAGGGCAAAGAGCACGUUUGCCGGUUCAUUGGCUGUGGACGAAAUGAUCGCUUCAAUUACGUCGUGAUGCAGUUGCAGGGCAAAAAUUUGGCCGAGUUACGUCGGUCACAGCCACGCGGAGCCUUUUCGCUCAGCACUACGCUCCGUCUAGGCAUACAAAUUUUAAAAGCAAUUGAAUCAAUACAUUCUGUUGGCUUCCUUCAUAGAGACAUUAAACCGAGUAAUUUCUCGAUGGGGAGACUGCCCUACAAUAGUCGUCGUGUCUAUAUGCUCGAUUUUGGCCUUGCUCGACAGUACACAACUGGCACGGGCGAAGUGAGAUGUCCACGUGCAGCGGCAGGAUUCCGCGGUACCGUGAGAUAUGCAUCAAUUAACGCACAUAGAAACCGAGAAAUGGGACGACACGAUGAUUUAUGGUCUCUAUUUUAUAUGCUCGUAGAAUUCGUGAACGGACAGCUGCCUUGGCGAAAAAUUAAAGAUAAGGAACAGGUUGGCUUGAUGAAAGAAAAGUACGAUCAUCGUCUUUUAUUAAAGCAUUUACCAUCGGAUUUCAAACAAUUUUUGGAACACAUUCAAUCGUUAAAUUAUGCUGACAAGCCUGAUUAUACGAUGUUAGCGUCACUUUUUGAGCGGUGCAUGAAACGACGUGGGGUACGCGAAACCGAUCCAUACGACUGGGAAAAACUCGAUCAGACAUCCAACGCGAACAUGGCCAACAUUGCAGGUAAUAAUAUGCAAAUUGAUAUAAUCGACAAAAACGAACAACAAAUUCAUGGCAAUAAUAUCACCCAAAUGACUGUAGCUGGAUCGAAUGCGAGUGGCCAUGAAUAUGCACGCAAGAAGGCCGAAGGUGACACAAUCCAAAUGGUCUCCACGGAACCAGUUAAUCAGUAUCGCGAUAAGAUGCAGGUAGAUAAAAAUUGCAAUGCAACCACUCAGGUACAGACGAAUGUGACGCCUCCACUUGUGACUGCCACAAACAAUCAAAAUCAAAGUGAAUCUCACAAAUUGAAUGCACAACAGCAGCUCGCGUAUCGAGAUAAACAAGCGGCUACCGAAAUAAAGGGCAGCAUUGUAACGACGCCGGUUGGAAAGGCACAAAAAGAUCUUACCGACUCCGUGAAACUGCAGUCACGUGACUCCGCAUACAACACAAAUGCCAAGACGGACUACGCCAAAGGUGACUCAAUGAAAAUUAUGACAGAAAACAUCAACAGUAACGUAAAUCAAGCGAGCCCGAUUAAAAAGAAAUCAGCGUCACAAGCAGAUACAAACCCGGAUGAAGAUCACUCAAAGCCGGAACGAGCCACAUACGGUCGUUUACGUGUCUUGACGGCGCCACCCACGAGUGCUAAUAACGAGUUAAUUGCCACGAGUGCUGCGGACACGGCAUCUCCCAAAGACAAGGAUUUCAUGCCGUUCUCGUACGAUGGCAACAAAGUGCAUCAAGAGACGCGUCGCAGUGCAAAUCGUCGCUCAAAGUCAAACCUUCGUCCGUCGUCCGGAAGUGGCACGAAUUUGAGUUCGGGCACAAAUCGGGAUCACUCAAUUACGCAAUUUGCGUUGAUCGACGACGAAAAUGUGUCGGCGUUGCAGCAGGAGACACGCGGCGGCGGUGCCCAUACGUUGGCGUCCCAGUGGAAGAGUCAGUUUGACGAUUCGGAGGAGAAGACGGACAACGAGUGGAAAGCCACGGAACCGCAUAGUCCGGAACACAAGAGUUACUUGAUCUCACAAUCGCAAUACAAUGCGCAGCAAAAGCAGUUGUUCGAGCAGCAACAACAACAACUAUUGCAGCAGCAAAAAUUGGCGGCAGCUGUUCGGGCACGUCAAGCACGACAGAAGAAGUGUCUUUUGAACAUUGCUGACAUGGAAAACUACACAAAUUUGCAUGAUAUGCUGCCAACCAGUUGGUCACUACCGUCGUUAGGAAAUGCAUUGAGGCAUGAGAUUGAGCCGCCCGCCCUUCAACAAGCGACAUUUGACGAUGUGAUUUACAAAAUGGACAUAAUCCGGAACGUAGGCCUGUGUACGUUGGUAUCGGAGGACGAGAAACUCGCCAAAACCAAAUCCAAAUUUUACCAUCGCUACAGUUUGCCAAAUAUCGAAUACAAGCCACCGCGCGAACCCGUGAUACCGGUGCGCGAAACGAUCCCGAUUGCGCACUCAAAGUCAACGCCGGCCGUCAUUUCACCGUCAAAGCCCACAACGCAGCAACAACAACAACAACGGACCCGUGAUACCCACAUAAGGCUGAUCAAUUCCAUAGAUAUUCCCGAUGAGGAAUGCGCCAUCAGUGGUCGUCUGCAGAUUCGCGUGGUGCCACAACCGCAACCCGUGAAAGUUGUCUGCGAAGCUAGCGGGGCAUCGGCCAGUGCUACAAAUGUCGAACACAGUCCCAAUCCGGAGGAAUCGAUUUAUUUUGAUGCCGUCACCGCCGUCACAAAUGGCACCGUCAAACUCAAUCGCUCCGACAGCAAUACUCGCACCAAUAGUAAUUACUACGACGUCAAAGUGUACGAAGACAGUCUCAAAAUCCAGAAAUACAAAAUUGUGAACAAUGCGGAAGGUGGAGUUGCCACCGAACAGCCCGACGACGAAAGCAAAAGUGAUGAACAGGCGAAAAAUAAGGAAAAUGUCAAUGAUCAUGAGACAGCGAGAGGCGCCAUUGCCAAAACUACGACAAAGCAAGACGACGAGAACGCCGUAAAUAUCAAUCUGUUGAAGGAAAUUACGAAAAAUUGUCUCAUCGAUGAGUCAGAACCAUCAGAAGUCGCAAAUAAUCGCGAUUCCGCGGAACAGCAACAAGUUCAGAUGCGUCAAGAUGUCUACGGAAGCAAAAUUCCCGUGUUGAACGCCAAUUCGAGACUCUCAAAAUGUGCAUCGUGGGCCGGAAACGAGGCUCUGUUGCAAAAGGAGUUGUCCGACUUGACGCCUGCACUUCGUCGUCGUCGCCAAAAUAAUGACAAAUACGCUACCGAUCUAUCUCAACUCAAUUUACGUUAUGCUCGUCCCAAGCAACGCACCGGAGUCCGAACCGUACGUGGUGUUCCGAACCACUUAAUUGGAUUGCUUCCCACAUACGACGACAACUCGUCGGACAACAGCGAGGACCGUCAACAGCAUAUGCGACAACAAAACUACUCAUCAUCCAACACAACCACAUCCACAUCGACAAAAACCACAACGACGACAACGACUUCCGGCACCUCGGGCAGCGGCAGUGGCGUCAACGUCGGUCUCCCGUACCAUCAUCGUGUCCCCGACGAGAAAUAUCAUGCGGGCGUGCCCAUCAACAGCUUGGACGAUCACAGUACCAGCUCGAAUAUCGUCGAGGAGACGUCUGGCGGCACAUCCACGCAUAACCGUAGCAGUAAUGUUUGUGAUAGUAAUGUAAAUAACGGCGACGGCGAAGAUGGCGAGGAAGAAGAGGACGACGAGGAAAACGAUUACGAUGAUCCGGACAACGGAGAGGAAGAUGGCGAAGAAGAAAGUGAUCAGGAACAGGCGUUGCGUCGUCAAAUGAUGAAACUCAAUCUCAUCGAACACAAUAUUAUGUUGCCGUCGGAACUGGAGCUCAAGUACAAAAAAGUCAAGAAUCAAAAUAACGCGGAAAUGGAUGCAAUUCUCAUUGAAGCAAUCAGUCCGCCGCCGGGCGCACCCCCAAAAUCCGAGAAUCCCGCUAGACUACGUCGGUACCAUCGUCUCAACUGAACCAAAAGUGAGCAUGAGAAUUUCUCAUCAUGAUACUUUUAUCAUUGAUAUUAAAAAUAAAUUUAAAAAAAUUAAUAAAUUUAGAAAACUCACCAAAAAAAAAG